UUCCCCAUCUGCGUCUUCCUUCAUAACAUUGGCGACGAGGAUGGGAUAAGGCGACACAGAAGCUAUGGCUACCACCUUAGGAAAACUGCCGGAAUUCUGCCCGGACACAGGUAACAUCGACGUCUACCUAGAAAGGUUCGAGCUGUUUGCCAAAGCAAACGAAAUCGACGCCGGGAAGAAGCUCGAAGUCUUCUUGACCGUCCUAAGAGAGAAGGCCUUUGUGACACUGCGUAGCUUAUUGCUGCCGAAAAGGCCUACCGAGGUUAAGUACGAAGAUGCCACGAAAGUGCUGCAACAGCACUAUGCUCCAAAGCGGUCUGUGGUCACCGAGCGAUACCACUUCUACCGACGGAACCAGGAGUCAAGUGAAACUAUCGCACAGUUUCUCGUGGAAUUGAAGAGGCUCGCCGCGACAUGCUCUUUUGGAACUUUCCUACAAGAAGCUCUACGGGACCGCCUAAUUGCUGGAUUACGGAGCGACAACAUCCAAUGCCGUCUUCUCGCAUUGCCCGACGACGAGGUCACAUGGGACCGGGUCUGCAAGGUAUCCACCGUCAUGGAAGCUGCACAGAAGGAUACCCAGGACAUGCUCGUCGACAACGCUGGUGCCAGCAAUGCGGACGUGCACUCGCAAUGGCCCCCGGUUAAGCCCCACAAGCAGCAACCGACAAGGCAACGGCCAUCUAGCUACGAGCUUACCCCAAUAAGCAAGAGUCACUGUGAACCAAUCCAUCGAGGUGGAUCACUAUUCCUUGCCAUCCCAGAGGACAUUUUUGCAUCCCUGGUUGGAGGCACCAUGUUCACCGUUUUAGACUUGACUAAAGCCUACUUACAGUUGGAGUUGGAUGAGCAUGCCGAAGAACUUCUAAAGGUUAACAUGCACACGGGCCUCUUUAGGUACUGGCGAUUGCCGUACGGCGUUGCGAGAGCACCUGCCAUGUUUCAGGCAGUGAUGGACCAGGUUUUACAAGGCAUACCUGGCACCGCCCGCUACUUGGACGACGUGCUGAUUGCUGGCAAAAACCUUGCCGAGUGCUACGGCCGAACGGAGCAAGUGCUAAAGGCACUGAGUAAGCAUGGCAUCCGAUGCACAACCUGCCACGGAGACACCUCCAAUGCCACCUCCAUCGACAUCCUCACCAACCACUGCUCCAACGACGACUGA